UGGAAGUUGUCUAGUGUCGCUUGCUCUUCUGAAUUUGGGUUUGGAGGGAAAGAAAGAAACAAAAUGCCAGUGGCCAAACCCGAAUCAUCUGAUGCCAGAGUCAUCGCUCACGUCGACAUGGACUGCUUCUACGUUCAAGUGGAGCAGCGGAAGCAGCCUGAUUUAAGGGGUUUGCCUACUGCUGUGGUACAAUAUAAUUCCUGGAAAGGUGGAGGCUUGAUUGCUGUUAGCUAUGAGGCCCGUAAAUAUGGUGUGAAGCGAUCAAUGCGAGGCGAUGAAGCAAAGCAAGUUUGCCCGGAAAUUCAGCUGGUUCAAGUCCCAGUGGCUCGGGGUAAAGCUGAUCUCAACACGUACCGCAGUGCGGGUUCAGAGGUGGUUUCUAUUCUUGCAAGGAAGGGUCGAUGUGAGAGAGCUUCUAUUGAUGAAGUGUAUCUUGACCUUACUGAUGCAGCUGAAACAAUGUUAGCAGAAACUCCUCCAGAGAGCUUGGAAGUAAUUAAUGAGGAAGCUAUUAAGUCACAUGUUUUGGGGCUUAAUAAUGAGGAUGGAAUUGAUGCCAAAGAGAAUGUGAGAGAGUGGCUUAGUAGUAGUGAUGCGGAUCAUCGUGAUAAGCUUUUAGCUUGUGGGGCCCUUAUUGUUGCAGAACUUAGGAUGCAAGUGUUGAAGGAGACUGAGUUUACAUGUUCUGCUGGUAUAGCUCAUAAUAAGAUGCUGGCCAAACUUGCAAGUGGUAUGAAUAAACCUGCACAACAAACUGUUGUGCCCUUCUCCUCUGUGAAAGGAUUACUGGAGUCCUUGCCAAUCAAGAAAAUGAAACAGCUUGGAGGAAAGCUUGGGACUUCUUUACAAAGUGACUUAGGUGUGAACACUGUUGGAGAUCUGUUGCAGUUUUCAGAAGAGAAGCUACAAGAGUGUUAUGGCGUCAAUACUGGCACUUGGUUAUGGAAUAUUGCAAGGGGAAUCAGUGGGGAAGAAGUUCAGGGACGCCUUCUUCCCAAGAGUCAUGGUUCUGGGAAGACAUUUCCUGGCCCUCGGGCCCUGAAGACAAUUGAUUCUGUUCAACACUGGCUCAAUGAACUUUGUGAAGAACUGAGUGAACGCCUUCGCUCUGACUUGGACCAAAAUAAACGGAUUGCUCACACAUUAACUUUGCAUGCUAGAGCAUACAAGUUAGGUGACUCAGAUUCACACAAGAAGUUCCCUUCCAAGUCUUGUCCCCUAAGGUAUGGGACUAUCAAGAUUCAAGAAGAUGCCAUGAACCUAUUUCAAGCUGGAUUACGCGAUUAUAUGGGCACUUACAAAUCUAAAACUCAAGGAAGUCAAUGCAAUGGUUGGGGAAUAACAGGCCUUUCUGUUUCAGCAAGUAAAAUUUUGGACACACCAUCUGGAACAUGUUCAAUCAUGAAAUACUUUCAUGGCCAGUGCCCACCCCGCUCUUCAUCAGAGAAAUCACAGGAUAACCUCAUAGAAGAUGCUGCACCAUUGUCACCUUCAGGUAUUUCCAGUCUCAAAUGCACUUCUUGUUCACUCUUGGUUUUCCAAUAUUCUCAUGGCUGUUGUUUGUUAGAAAGUGAAAGCUAUUCAGGGUUGAAUUUAACUGAGCCACAGAUUGUGUUCCCUGGAGAAGAAAAGGAGAUCAAGCAUGCUAUCCCUACUCUGGAUCAUCAGGAAGACAAAAGUAAAACGUGGAAAGACCAGGAUCCAUCAUGUUUGUCAUCACAACAGAUGCAAAAUAGUAUUGCCCAAGAAACUUCACCGUUGUUGCCUUCAGGUGUUUGUCUAGGAAGUGAAAGCUGUUUGGGGAUGAGUCAAAGUGAGCAACAAAGAGAAUUCCCCACAGAAGAAUCUAGGAUUAAAUAUGCCAUGCCAAGUUUGGAUCGAGGUUUGCAGAAAAAAAAAACAUCAAAAGAUAAGGGAACGAGUUCAAUCCGGAGGUUCUUUAAGACUUGUGAUCCCAGUUCUUUUAGGAAGCAGGAGCAUGUUGAAGCCAUCCAACUCCAAGAUGUUCAAGCAGCAGAAUCUGUUGGUUUUCAAUCUACAAGUAGUAUCUGUUCAGAACCAAAUCAAACUGAGCUGCCUAAAGAAAGUAUUCCUGAACAAACUGGGACAAACAGUGCUUGUUCUACUUCAUCUCAUAUUGAACAACAAAGUGAAUCAUGGCGUUACAAAGUUGAUGAGAUAGACCCCUCUGUGAUUAACGAGUUACCACCAGAAAUCCAGGAAGAAGUUCAGGCUUGGCUCAGGCCUCAUAAGCGGCCAAAUGUGGUUAAAAAGGGUUCCAGUAUCGCUCAUUAUUUCUUGCCAGCCAAAAAUAGGUAAUUGUACCAAUAGUGCUCUACUGUACAUAGGAAGGUGUUAUCCUUCAAGCUCAUGAAACAAAAUGCUGCUUGAUUUUAUUGAAUUAUAUAGCAUAGAGAGAAUUCACGCAGAUUUAGGCUUAGGAAACCCAAAAUCGUCAUGCAUUCAAGGCUAGUCCAGAAGUUCUUUGAGUGUUCAUAAGCGAUUUUAUCCUUUCUAUGAAUUGUAUGGAAGCAAGCUGGAAUGCCAGUCAAUUCUGUAUAUUAGAGUAUAAAAAGUUAGUGAUUUUCUGAAAAU